GGGGGCGGGGUUUCUCAAGGUGAGUGCAAUACAGGUAUAUUACAGCUACACGGUUAAGUUGUGAUAAUUUGCCUUCAAACUUCGCCACCAGCGGAAACAUCUGUGGAACUCUCCAUAAAAUCUGACGCUUCUGUUGCGGAACUGUGGAAGGAAGACUGGCUCACUGACCUCAACUCAUCUAUCAGUUUCCUUAUUCUCGUUGUUUUCAGUUCUUCCAAAAUAUGGACCAAAAAACUUCAUCCGAGAUCGUCUGUCGUUUUAUUGUACCAGGGAACGCACCAGAUAAAGUGAUAGAGACCUACUCUGAAUGGGCUCAACAUUAUGAUGAGAUUUUGGAUUCAUUGAAUUACAUUGGCCCCAAAUUAGCAGCCAAUGAGGUGGCAGCCAGAAUCCCUCAAGAGAAGCGAGGCACCUUAAAAGUCAUUGACAUUGCUGCUGGGACGGGAAGAGUUGGUCGACUGCUGAGAGACAAAGAGUUCUCAAACAUUGACGCCCUAGAGCCACGUACGCAGAGUUCCUGGGAGUUGGACAAAAUUCAGUCCCUGACGGUAAGAGUAGACGAAAAAGAUAGAGGAAAAAUUGAUAAAUAUCAAGACCUGAAAAUAGAAAUAAGAAAGAUAUGGGAUAUGCCAGUGGAAGUUGUACCCAUAAUCAUAGGGACACUAGGCACGAGCCCAAGAUCCCUCAGAAGGAAUCUGGAAAAACUAGAUGCCAAAGUAGCUCCAGGACUCAUGCAGAACAAUAUGUAUGACGUCCUAGUCAUGGCGGGUGGUUUUGCAGAGGGCCACAUACCUGUCAGUGGAAUUGAUGAUAUGAUAAGAAUAACAAAACCUGGAGGACUGGUCAUCAUCACAAUGAGGAAGAGCUUCCUACUCUGCGAGGAAUACAAGGACAGGUUGAUUCCUUACAUGGAUGAGAUGGAAAGGCAAGGAAAGUGGAUUAAGGAAGACGUUGAAUUCUUCGAUGAAUACGUUGUCAAUGAGAAGGGAAUUCUUUUUACAUACAAAGUUAUAUAAGUUCUUUCUGUUUAUUAAUUACCCAAAAAGGUGAUAUAAUCUGUUUCCUGUUUCAUUUAAAGGAAUUUUAAUAAAACUCCAGCAAAUUGUAAACCCUCUUAUUUAACAGAAAAUAGGCUAUACACAGUCAGCCAUACACAUUGCUAUGAUAAAAAGAAAUUAUGUUUUUUCCUAUUAGGCAUUGCUAAAACCUAUUUAUGCAGAUGCUUUCAAAAUAGUUGAUUGAGCAGUUAGCAAUCAGAGUAGCAAUCUAAAAUAACUAAUGAUUUGAGCACUCAGAGCGAUAAUCCAUAUAAAAUAGCAAGUCCUCUAUGAUAACUAAGUCUAAUCUAAUCGAGCUACCCUACAACAUCUAUUUACAUCAAAGAGCUUCUGUUCAUUAAGUAGCAAUCUAAAAUAACUAAUGAUUUGAGCACUCAGAGCGAUAAUCCAUAUUAAAUAGCAAGUGCUCUAUGAUAACUAAGUCUAAUCUAAUCGAGCUACCCUACAACAUCUAAUUACAUCAAAGAGCUUCUGUUCAUUAAGUAUUCAAAUUGUUCUAAGUUACCUUUAAAAUAAAUUCUUAAAAUGA